AUGGAAAAACAAUUGAAACUUAAUAUCCCUCUUUAUACCUUGAGAGAAAGGCUUAAAUUUAUUGAAGAUAAAGGCUCAGCACCAGCUUCGCCAUCACAUACAUCAAGACCGAAAAAAUCUGCAAGUAACUCUACCCUGCCUGAUAUUCAUAAAAGAUCAAGCUCAUCUAAAUUAACCCCAUUAAAAACUGAUGAAACGCAACAAAUAAAUCUCCGAGAUGUUUCUUACAGACUUGAAACGCUAAAAGAAAUCAAAGGAAGAAAUGAUAUCAAUGAAAAUCAAUUGAAACAAAUAAUAUCCGGAAAAGAAUCAGAAAUAAAACUACCAUUGCCUACAAAUUUGAGUGAUCUUGAAAAGGAAGCAGAAAAAGUAAAAGCAAAGCAAGGCAAAACUUUUAAUAGCACUUUUUAGUGACUCUCAAAAAUAAACUAGAGAAUUGCGUUAAAUUGCUUCCGCCUUCUAGGAAGCUGCCCCAAUAAAUAAAAAUAAACUAAAAUUGAGGAAAUGAAUGAUUUUAUGUUGCUUUUACUGUUAAAAAGCUAUCGAUUUUUUAAUAAGAAAGUAUAAAAUGUAUAUAAAUCAAACCACUUUUUCAGUGAAAUUGAAGAAGCAAAAAAGAAGCUUUCAAAAAAUCAAAAGAAAAGAAAAGAAUUUUUUAUUAAAGAAAGCUUGUAUUAUUAUAAAGCACAAUCAGACUGGCUAUUCAACAAAGUCGCUCAAAUCCAUGAAAAUCCUCCAGGUUCUCCUAAAGUCCAUAGCCGAUCUCAUUCUCAAUCUAAACUCGAAGAUAGACCUCUACAAACAGACCGGCCAACCAAAAACCGAGGAGAGCUUGAUCUCGGAGCACCUUCAAGCCGCCUAGUCAAGUAUGAAACCCAUCCCCAAUCCUCAAUGCCAAACUACCUAGUCUUGAUAAUACGAAAUAUAAGAGAUAUUGACUGUUUUCGCUUCUAAUCUAUUAAAACAUGAUUUAUUAUACAUUUACAGAUACUUAUUUAAUAUCUCUAGUAUAUACAAAUCUAUAGAGGAUAUUUUAGUAUUAAAUGAUAAAUUUAAAAUUGAGGUUAGGGUUAUGAUAGGUAUUAUAGCCGAGCUCAGUGAGAGGAAGAUUUCUUGAGAGUCUCCGCUCAAAGAAAAAUGAUCUACACUGAGGUUGGUGUGGAUAGAGAAGUCCAAGAGGUUUGAGGAUGGAAACAGGUUUAACGGAAGGAUGACCUUACUUACCGCUACUUAGAGCUAUCAGUCCAAGUUGAGACCACUGAGAACGGAAUUGCAAGAGUAAUUUUAAACUUGAACUUAAAAUUGUAUUAAAUUUAUAAAAGAUAAUAUGCUUUAUAUGCAAAACAAGCUAGAUAAAUAGAUUAUAUCUUUUAAAACGCGUUGAUUUAGCGCAAUCCAUUAUAUAAUAUGAUGUGUCUAUGAUUGAUAAUUAUAUUUGAAUUUAUAUAUUUGUGUUUAUUUGUUUUCAAGCAGAAUUCGGCAGGAUUCAUGCUUUUAAUAUGGAAAAAAGCAAAAUCCAGCGUAUUUCUUUGUUAACUCUCUUAUUUAUAUUAGUCUAAUUUUUUUACCGUGUAAAAAUUUUGUAAUAUACUAACUUAAGCUACAAAUUAAGCGAGCCAUAGUCAGAGUAAACAGCUAGCCUUUGGCUUGUCUCAGCUAUAAAAUCCAGUAUCUAUAGUACGAAAUAGAGAAAUGAAAUGAUUCCAUUUUUGAUUUCUGGCAUGAACCACCUCCAAGGGAUUAGCUCUCUAUGUUAGAGCCACAGCCUGGAUAGUACUCCAAUGGUCCCAAUAAGACAGAACUAUGUGUUCGGUAAAAUCGGUCAAGCCAUUUGGCAGGGACAGGAAAACCUCGGGGAGAAAUAAAACUAUCUCUUCGGCAAGGCAUCCCAGACUCGAAGGCCUACUUCAACAAGCUGCAGAAGCCCUAUUUUUAUCUUCACGAAAUGCUCCAUAAGAAUUGUGCUUCGGAGUUCAAUUUCCAUCGGUGUCAAAAUAUUAUUUCUCUUCUAUCAUUCCAGGAUAUAAAAAAAAGUAUUUAAUGUUGGAGUAAAUAUGCUAUAAAUCACGUUUUAAUAACUUAAAAGGAAUUAUUGCAAUAUUUCCUAUAUUUUUUAUUAUCAAAAAUAGGUAGUUGAUAUCUAGAGGUUAGGUUUUCAUGCUCCAUAAGCCGCAGAGAAGUAGAACUACUCAGAUAUUGGCUUGAUUGCAUGCUUGAUACUCAAGUAAUCCAAUCAGACAAGCCAAUCGACCAAAGGGUUUCUAUCGCACAAUUAAUUUACACAAUUUGUUUUAAAGAAAUAAUCCGCCAAGUUAGUGUUCACUGCCUUGAAAGAGGCCAACUGAUGGAAAAACUCUGGAAUUCGCAGCUAGAAUUGUACAGUAAAUCUGAUGACAUAAGUCUAAAAAAACUUGAAGAAAUGCAAGAGCAGCACAUAGAAUUCAUAGGAAGAGCUGAAAAAAAUUGAGAAGAGGAAAUAAAGAAAGAGCAAGCAAAAAAUGAAGAAUUACUGAAAGCAAUAAAAAGCAAGGACAAAAAUAUUGAUGAAUUAAAUAACGAAAAAAAAGAAAUGAAGCUGGAAAUUGAAAAAAUAAGAAAAAGAAGUGCGGAUCUUGGAGAAAGCAUAAAUGAGUCGUCAUCUAGAAGAUUUGUUCUUCAAAAAGAUAAGUGUGUUUCUGCAGUUCCUGAUGCUUUUGAUGAAAGUUCACAGACGGAAAACAUUGAUCUUGAAUAUGAAUUAGAAAAAACAAUUCGAAUUAAAAGACCUAAGUCUAUGAAACCAGUCAUUAUGGCAGGAUAUUUUGAUAUGCAGGACCAAUUCCAUGCUCAGCAGCUAUUUAGAAGACAUAGCUCAGGAAGAGUAGAAAGCAUUGAUUUGCCUGAUGAAAUUAUAGCUAUUGUUCCUAAAAAAAAUAAGUCAACUUGAACAGAAGAAAUUGCAGAGGUAGCUGCUGAUGCCACACCUGUAAGGCAUAAUUUUAUUGAUUGAAAAUCAGAAAUACCAAAUACCAAACUUAAUUUCGGAUUGUACGCUAUAAAUAUGGGUACCUUUGGAAUUGACAGAGGAGUGCAAGCCCCAGAAUUCAAAGCAGACUUAAAAAUUUCUAUUAUAAAUGAUAUUGAAAUAAGAAAAAGGUUCAUUCGGAAAAAUACAUCAGAAAAGAAAAAAACCCUCACAAAAGAAGUUUUAGUUACAAAUUUGAAUAAGCUUGAUAAGCACAUAGACAAGCUUGAUAACGCUACACUUAUUACUUCAGUUGCUUCUCAAACUAAUAAUUUUGAUGUUAAAAAAGUCACAAAUGCAACCAAAAAAGCAUCCAAAAUUUUGAGAAAGGAUAGAAAUAUUAUCAAAGAUGUCUAUAAUGCGAUUGAAGACGAACUUGUAGAUACUGUUAUACAUGAAGCUAAGGCAAAGAAAAAAAUAGCAAAUAGGAUUAAUGAGAAACAUAGAGAACAAGAAACCCAUAGUGAAGGAGGAGAAGAUACAGCCAAUAAUAGCAGUACAAAUGAGCAUCAGGAAAUUGAUGAAGCUUUGCCAGCGAAGCUUGUAAAAAAUAUAGGGAAGUUUAAAAAAGUCCUAUCAAAAGUCCUAAUUAAAAAGAAGCCAGCAGAAGCCCUGAUUAAUAAUGACAAAGCAAAAAAAUAUGCCCACAAGCUAAGAAUAAAACUGGACUCAAUGUACUCCCAAAAAACAGAUAGAAUUCAAACUCCAAUAAAAAGCCAUUCCACAACUCCUAUCAGCGUAAGAUCAAAAGAAGGUUCACGCUCCAAGGAUUUAUCUCCUAUCAUAGAAAAAAGCAUCAAAAAGCCCCUCUCGCAGCCAAAAAUCAUUCGAGACCGAAUCAAGCUUGCACCACCUAAAACAUUUUUUGAUGCUUAUGUGCAAACUGAUUUAUCAGGAGACAAUAUCUUUCUUAAAAAUAUGAUGAAAAAAAUGGAAUCAGACGAAGACGAAAUAAAAGAAAUGUCCUUAAAAACCAGCGAAAAAUUCCACUCUAGCAGUCGUAGAAUUAGCAGGAAGUUUCAAGAGGAUAAUUCAGGAUCAUUUACACAAAGCCUUCCAGAACUUAAUGAUGUGAUGCCAGUAAAACCUAAAGCUGCUCCAAAAUAUAUGCCUAAAGUAAACCCGAAACAGCUAUUAAUUGUUGAAGCUUUUUUAUUAGGCCAAGUUCAGCGAAAAAUUCAUUUAACGCACCCAGGGCAGAAAUUAUUGACAAAAAUUAUGGACUCUUUGAGAGAAAAUAAAGUUAAACUGUCAAUGAGCAUAAAGAUCUUAAUGAAAAUUAUUAAUCAGGUGUAUGCAGAGAAAAUAUCGCUUUCUAGAGAAAGUGCUGACCAUAAAAGCCAUGAAGCUUCUAUUGUCCUUUACGAUAUGCUUAUACAUAGAUAUGGGCUUCGCUCAGUAGCUGAAAAUAAAUAUAAACAAGUUGUUCAUGCAACUAUUUCGUAUAGCGAAAAGUUUAUAAGGAUAAAAAAUUUCUAUAAAUUUUUGGGAUUGGAAGGGAAUUUUACCGUUGAAGAUUGGAAUUUUUAUUUAUAUUCUUGUGAGUUUAUGGAAUGCUGCAAUAUAGGUCCUUAUAUUUAUAAUGAAGAUUUUUCUCCUGACCAUUUUUCACCCUAUGACAGGGCUAUUCAUUGUGCAUCAGUAUUUUUUGAAAAGAAAUUAUCUCCCGUCCUAUUUCAAGGGCUUUUAAAUAGAAUCAAUAUGAUUAGGAUUCAAGAAUCGCCUAAAUACUCAGGUAGGGUUGUCAGAGUACUUCAAAGAAACACAGAAAAAGUGAAUACUGACGAAUUUUUAUCACUUUUAUUAGAAUAUUACCAAGUCUUGAAAAACAAAUUAUCUAAAGCUCUUUGACCGACAGGAGAAAUCCCUAAUUCGCUUGAACUAGAAGAAUUUUUAGCAUUAAUGAAAGGACUUCCUGAUUCAAGCUUGGUAGAAGAAGAACUAGUUAAAAUUUUCGAGGAUCAUUCUGUUUAUACUAAAGGGAAAAAUGGCGACAUAGUUAAAGCAAUUAUGCACGAAAGUAUUUUGAGCUUUGGAGUUGACAACAGUAUUAUUCCUUUUAAUGAUAUUAAGGCUCCUUAA